AUGCCAAACGAACCGUCGGAUCCAUAUAUCGUUACCCACUAUGGGUCAAAGAAGCAUCGUAGGCCUAUGCGUCCGGCCCGCGCCUUCGACCACCCUCCUGUCAUCUCACUAUGCUUGGCGGCGCUCUCAAUAUAUUUAAGCAGGCUGUCAAGUCGUGACUUUCUCCACCAGCAUCUUGGUUAUCUAAAGCCUCUCUCUAGUUACCUACCACUUGUUCCUCUAUCUUUCACAAUGAAGUUCUCUUCUGCUCUCGUCUUCGCCUUCGGUCUUGGUGCUGCAUACGCAACCCCUGUCGUUGAAAAACGCGCAUCCACUAGCGACAAGGCUACCAUCGGAUAUGCCACUCUCAGCGGAGGUACCACUGGAGGGGGUUCCGCUAGCGCGGUCACCGUCACCACACUUGCGGCACUAAAGACCGCGGUAAGUGGUAGCACCGCCAAGGUCGUCAUUGUUUCUGGUACCAUCACGGGCAACGAAGUCGUCAAAGUUGGAGCCAACACUUCCAUUCUCGGAAAGUCUGGUGCUACCUUGAACGGAGUAGGCCUCCGCGUAAUUGAUGUAUCCAAUGUCAUCAUUCGCAACCUCAAGAUCAAUAAAGUACUUGCUGAUGCGGGUGACGCCAUUGGUGUCCAAGCUUCUAACCGCGUCUGGAUUGACUCUGUCGAGCUCUGGUCCGAUCGUGAUCAUGACAAGGACUACUAUGAUGGUCUCCUUGACCUUACUCACGGUGUCUACGCCGCUUCGGUCACCAACUCUUAUCUCCACGACCACUGGAAGGCCUCUCUCGUUGGUCACUCUGAUAGCAACGAGAGCGAAGACAAGGCUAUCCAAGUCACUUAUGCAUUCAACAAAUGGCAGAACCUGAACUCGCGUACUCCUUCGUUCCGCUUCGGGCACGGUCACAUUUACAACAACUACUUCGUGGGUAACAACGACGGUAUCAACACUCGUGUUGGUGCGGAGCUCUUGGUCCAGAACAACGUAUUCGAGAGCGUCGGAAAGCCUCUGUACAGUACCGAUAAUGGCUAUGCUAAUGCCAGCGGCAAUGACUUUGGUGGAGCGAGCAGCACUGCUCUCACUACCACCUGGAACUCUGUCGGCUACUCUUACACGCUUACUGCGACCUCGUCGGUCAAGUCAUACGUCAAUUCGAACGCCGGUGCCAAGCUCUCCUUCUAA